AUGCGAAUCCGAUUUCCCUUCGCAAUAACCUUCGUCAUCCUCCUGGUCUUCUCCUCCAGUCUCGGCCUGCUCCCACACUCAUCCCUUCCAUCCACGCCAGCCGCCGCGCAACCAUACAUCCCUUCGCAGUCCGACAAGGCCCUCCACUUUAUAUGCUUCUUCCUCCUCACUGGGACCUUUUACUUCAUCCUUGACACCUCUCGGCGCCGCGUGAUUCAUCUGACGUUGAUUGUAUGCACAUUACUCUUGGGGGUGGGGAGUGAAAUCGCACAGGGACUUUUACCCAAUGAUCGUGAAUUUGACGCUUGGGAUGUCCUGGCAAAUGUCGUGGGAAGUCUCGCAGCAUUGUCAUUAGCGAGCGCUUACCAUCGACGAGCAGCUGAACGGAGGAGGAGAGCGAAAUACUCUGCACUGACGGGUGACGGCCUGGAAGGUGAAGAUCUAGAGCUUGGGGAGGGCGCCAAUGGUACUCUACGCUCGCACGACGUAGACGGCGACGGAGGUCAAGAGACAGGUGUCACACCAGCACGGACGGUGGAGGAAGAGCUGGACAACUGGGACGAAAACGCACCAGAUGAUGCCUGGGAUGAAGACGACGAUACGACCGCAACGAGCGGGCAGCACACGAAAGUCACCCCUUCAACGAGCUCUGUGGCGAGCGAGGAACCACCCACGAAAGUUGCAGUAGACUGA